AUGCAACCAAAGCACCCGUUGUCGAAACGAAAUUUAGAAAGAAGGACCUCAAAGUCUAUGGAGAAGACGCCCAAGCUAACUGAUUAUGAUAGAAAUGGAGAUCUUGAUGAACACGUGAAACUAGUAGAUGAGUGGUUCAAUUACUUUGGUGCCGAUGACACAUCCAAAUGCAAGUUGUUUGUGCUAACCAUGGAAAAAACUGGGGAAAGGAAGGUCAAAUUUGUUCAUGAGAUGUUGACUGUGGUAGAACCUUUUAUGAUUUUAGAAGAAAAGUUGACCGCACAUUUUGAUAACCCUACGUCUAGCGAGUCUUACUCUGGUCUUUCGUCUAAAAAGAAUAUCACCGACGUCAGGAUGAUCCUAACCGAAACAUGCAAGGGAAAUAUGACAGAUACACUCCACUGA